AUGUUCCCAACACUGUUCGAGCUUUCAAUACCAAUUAGAAAUAGCAGCUACGAGCUGAAAAAUACGAGGAAACAAAGACUUUUCGUUGCCACCUUCCCUCGCACCAAUUCGCGCAUCAUGCAAGAGAAAGACAUCCCAAGUUCGAAAAGCCACACGACCAAUGGCAUCAAACGACCUAAGCAAGAUGGCACUUCUGAUCAGCCUCAUCCAAAUGAUCGCCCAUUCAGGUUUCCAGAUUCCCCGCCAGAUGGUGGUGUUAAAGCUUGGCUGCAUGUGCUGGGAUCGUUCAUGCUCUACUUCAAUACAUGGGGUAUCAUGAACGCAUUCGGCGUAUACCAAAAUUACUACGAGUCGGGCGAGCUGUUCGAAACCUCAUCUUCCAAUAUAUCGUGGAUCGGAUCCAUCGCAGCCUUCUUAUUGCUCGCUAUGGGUGUUAUCGUGGGACCCAUCUACGAUCGCGGGUAUUUGCGACUUAUCUUGAGCUUCGGAGCGUUUAUGGUGGUGUUCGGCCACAUGAUGCUUAGUCUUUGCCGCGAGUACUGGCAAGUGGUCCUUGCGCAGGGGCUUGUAAUUGGGAUAGGCGCAGGGGUUCUCUUUGUGCCCUGCGUGGCUCUCGUUCCGCAGUAUUUCAGUGCUCGACUUGGUACAGCGCUUGGGAUUGCGGCUUCAGGGUCUGCACUCGGCGGCAUCGUUUACCCUAUCGUGCUCUAUCGACUUCUAGACAAGAUCGGAUUUCCCUGGGCUGUUCGAGUUGUGGGGUUUAUUGCGCUUGCAACCCUGUCGAUUCCCAUUGUCGUUAUGAGAAUGCGUGUCAAGCCGCCCAAGAUCCGGAAGGCCGUCGACGUCUCCAACUUUCUGGACUUUCACUAUUUGGCCUUCGUGCUUGUGUCACUAUUGGCAUACCUGGGAAUCUUCGUCAUCUUUUUCUAUUUGCCUUAUUAUGCCGAGGCGGAUGGAAUCACAGAUCACGCCCUCGCUACAUACUUGGUCCCAGUAUUCAACGCUGCGUCUUUAUUUGGAAGAACGAUUCCAAACAUGUUAGCGGACAAAACUGGACCGAUGAAUUUGCUAUCACCUGCAUCUGUAAUAGCUGGUACGCUGCUGCUGUGUAUGAUGGCAGCUCAUUCGAAAGGCGCUAUCAUCGUUAUUGCUCUGCUUGCAGGGUUCAUGAGCGGCGCUCUCAUCGGGUUGCCACCUCUGUGUCUAGUUGCUCUGACGCAGGAUAAAUCUACACUUGGCACCAGGAUGGGUCAAGGCUUUGCUAUAGCUGGGUUAGGUGUUCUUGCUAGUGGGCCGAUUGCCGGUGCAAUCCUGGGCAGGUCAGGAGAUCUUCAUUGGGCUGGACUGUGGACCUUUGGCGGUGUGUGUACACUGGUAUCAGGCAUUCUUUAUGGUCUUGUCAGAAUUUCAAAGUAUGGAUUUUCACCUAUCAAGGCUUGAUGAUUGGGGACGAGCUGCACGUCUGAUUCAGAUGAAUCGUGCAACUGGGAUAUGUACAGUUAAAUAAUCCGAACCGGCGGGCAAGACUUGCUAGGGAAUUCGUCGCACUCCAGAUGCAUAGAGAACACAACAAUUUUGAAUCGGUGACUAAAGAACAUUCAACCAAGAAGGGGAUCAGAUUCUGUAUUAGCCACUUUAAUGCAGAUCCCUAAUCACAUGAUCUUGACAAUCUCUUUAUCUUCACCCUUUUUAAUCCUUGGAAGUAACAUCGGAGCAAGGCUUUCAGAUGACUAUUGCAUUAACCCUCAUGUUUCUACGUCCGAGUAUAAAACUCGUGUUCCUAUCUUGACAUCUUCUCGUUGCUUUGUGGCCUCCACCGGCCACGCCGUAUUCUUCUUUUGUUUAUUGACGUU